AUGACCGAUAAUCUUGAUAAUAUAAUAGAAGUUGAAAAACAAAAUAUUAUUAUUACUUGUAAUGACAGUAGUGGUAGUGGUAAAAAAAAAGAUCAAUAUUAUAUUACAAUUAGUGAUGAUGGAAAAUAUAUAGCUAGGCUUGAUUGUAGUAAGGAUGAAAGUUUAAGAUUAAAAAUUACACAUCAUGAAAAUUUUGAAUUAUUAAAUAAUGAUGAUAAUGAUAGUGACAGUGAUAAAGGACAAGACAAAAUAAAGAUUUGUGAUAUUGUUAAAAAAUUAACGUUUUUAGAUGAACUUAAUCCAUAUGUAAAACCUUCAGAGGCAAGAGAUCUACAAGAAGAAAAAAUAAAAAAUGAUAAUAUAAAACAAAAAGAAAAAACAAAAGGGGAUAAUAGAAAACAAGAACAAACAAAAAAGGGUAAUAGAAAACAAGAACAAACAAAAAAGGAUAAUAGAGAACAAGAAGAACAAAUAAAAGAGGACAAUAGAAAACUUUUAAUUUGGUCAUUUUCUAUAUCAAAUACGAUUUCUUUUAAUGGUAAACCAACAAUUUUAGUAGCAAUUUCAAGAGUAGUACCAAAUGAUAUGAUUGAUCGUGAUAGACCAAGUAAACACUUACUUGAUAAACUCAAGGAAUACGAAGAACUCAAAUUAAAAUAUCAAAAUAUGAAAGAAUUUUAUUAUCCCUUGCAUUCACAACCUUCUAGUACUAUUAAUUUUGAUGAAAAUGGAAUUUGUUUAACUAGUAAUAUUGGUGGAAUAGUGAGAUUUUUACCAGAAGUUGAAAAAACCAAAACAAGUCUUUUAAUAACAAAUGUAAAAGGAUUUCAUAAAUCUCUUGAUAAUUUAGAUAAACCAAAUAUUCAUUCAAGUUUAAAAUUAAAAAGAUUUCUUUUUCCACCAAAACUCAAAAAAGAUAUUGAAAUUUGGUUUAAACAAAUACCUUGUUUGGAAAGACUUGUUUCCUGUAUUUAUAAAAACUAUUUUCUAUUUAAUCAAUAUAAAGACAGAAUCCAAACAAUGGAAUUAUAUUCAAUGUUAACAAUGGAAGCAGAACAAAGUUUUUUUACUCGUGAAGAAUUAAAAACUCAAAAAUAUGGUACCCCUGCUUAUGCAAUUUCAUUAAACAAACUUUUGCUGGCAUUUACACGUGGAAAUAAAGAUAUUAGAAUCUAUUCUAUGGAAUCAGGUCUUUUUAUUGCUUUAAAAAGUUUGGAUGACAAAGAUGAAGUUUUAUUUCUAGAAUUUAUACGUGAUGAUGAAAGAUUAUUCAUUAUUACACGAAAUGACACCAAUCAUGAAAUCUCUAUAAAAAUUUGGGAUAUUUUUAAUUCUUCUCCUGAAGAUUUUAAAUAUGAAAUUAAAAAUGAUAUUAUUCCAAAAAAAAUUGAUUGUUUGAAUAUUGCAAGAUCAAAUGGGAUGAUUUUUUUUGUUAAAGAAGAUGGCAAAGUCUUAAAUGUUCUUGAAAAUAUUGAAUUCAAAGAAUUCAAAGUAUUUGAAAAUGAUGAUGACAAUGAUGGAAUAAAAGAAGAAAAAUCAUUUACUGUAUUUAAAGAUUUUAUGAAAGUUGACAAAUAUUUAAAUCAUUGGUAUUAUUGUGCAGAAGAUGAUUCUGAUAAACAUAAAAUAUUUGAUCCUUUUGAAAAACAUGGUGAUCUUGGUGGUCCAAAAACUUUACUAUUAGUAGAUAAUAAGGAAAAAUUGGUUGAUGUUGAUCAAAUUACACCAAUAGUAAAUAAUAAGGAACAAUGGGUUGAUAGAAAAAAUUAUGAAAAAACAUCUGCUUUUAUUGAUGAAAAUCGAUCAUUACAAUUAUUUAUUGGUUUAACUACUGUUCAAAUAUGGCGUAAAGUUACUGAUGAAUUCCAUGUUCUUGAAUAUAUUUGGAUGCUUAAUCAUGUUGAAAAAGAAAAAAAAAACAAUAACAAUGAUGUGGAAAAUGAAAAUCAUGAUGGUCACAAACAUUUAAAAAUAAAGAAUUUGAGAGUUGGUUGUAGAAAAUUUGAACUGGAAGUUACUUGGGGUGAUGAUGUGAUCAGCAAAAAAAUCCAAUGGCCUUAUCCAGAUCAAUAUGUAACACCUAUAAGACAUGCUUGUAAGGCUCUUGAGUAUCUUAAUUUUAAAAAAGAUUUAUUAGUAAGCUAUAAAAAACAACAUAGAUUUGAAGAAAUGUAUGAAUCUAUUGUAAAAAUUAUUUUGAAAUUCAUUAGAGACAAACCUGAAAUAUGGAAACUUAUGGAUACUCGUUAUGAGGUUAUGUCAAACCUUAUCAAUGGUGGAGUUAAUUCUCUUAUAAAGCAUAUUUUAUUUGGUAAAGAUCAAAUUGGAGACAAUAUAUUAGCAAUCAAUUAUUACACUGAAAAAAAUGAUAAUUUAAUUGUAGGCUAUUUAUUAGAAUAUUAUUCCAACAAUGCUAUUGAACAUAUUGGAUGGAUGAUCACUGUUUCAACAACUUUACCUUUACUUUUCCAAUCUCAUUUAGAAAAUUAUGUGUAUGAUUUAUUUUAUAAAGAAUGUUUUGCUGGUAAUAACAUAGGAAUAAAUUUUAAACUUUUUUUGGAUAAAGAAUUGACUGAUAAUAGUAUAGGAAUAAAUUUUAAACUUAAAGAAGAUACUGAAAGCAACAUCCUGCAAAAUAGUGUAAAGAAAAUUCCUUUUAACAAAGUAGCUUUUGGAAAAGAUAAUCAAAAUAGAGCAAAUGAAAUUAAAGAUAAAAUUGUUCAAAAAGCUGAAGGAAAAAACAAACACACUAAAGUACCAUUCAACUUGUGUGUAGUACCACUUCCAAAUUUCACAGUUAAUAAGAUUGAAAAGAAAAAAAAAGUAGUUACAACUUUCCUAGCUUUUCUUAGACGUUUUAUACUUCCUCAUAAGUAUAUUGAUGAUGAAGAAAAACUUAGUUCAUUUAUUCAAAUGAUUGGAUUGGAUGGAAAAGGUUUAAUCUUUGAUAAUCCAGCAAUAGAAGCUUUAAUAAAUUUUCGUUGGAGACCUGCAAAAAUAUAUUUUUCAUUACUUUUUUUUAUUUUUAUACAAUAUGCAGUUUGUUAUGGUAUCUUAGUUUGGGCCUAUACAACAUAUCAAAAUAGUUCAAGUAAUCUUCGAACCUUUUUAAUUUUAGUUAUGAGUUAUUUUUAUUUUACAGGAUAUCAUCUUUUAUUAACUGAAUUCAGACAAUUAAAAUACUAUGGAUUUAGAAAAUAUUUUUCUGAUAAAUACAACAUAUUGGAUAUUAUUGCUAUUAUUGUACCCUUAAUAGUUGGAACAUCUAUAAUAGUUAAAUCAUUUGAAAUUGAAGAUGCAUUUGGUAGUGUUAAACCUGAUCAAGGAACAAUUGCUGCUAUAUCUUUUUCAGUGUUAUUUCUUUGGAUUGAAUUUCUUUCAUACCUUAGAUUAUUUGAAGAAAAUCUUUUGGUAACUGUUUGGCCACUUUUGUUAUUUAUGCUUAUUGUUAUAUUGGCAUUUGCUCAUACAAUGUAUAUAUUGCUACAAAAACCAGAUGAUAUAGGAUUAGUACCAAAUGUGAAUACAUAUUCUAUAAUCAAUACAAAUGAUAAAACAUUAUAUAAUGAUAUAACAAUUAAAGCAGAUUUUGAUAGCACAUCAUCAAUUGAUAAUCCAUUUUCAAAUUUUUUUAAUUCAAUUCCAGCUGCAUAUUUUUGGAUUAAUGGUAACUGGAUAAAUAGGGAUACUUAUGGCAGUUAUUUUGCAGUUCAAAUUUUAUCUUUAAUUGCAAGCUUUAAUGUGUAUGAAAACACAUCACAGCAAAGUAAACUUGAACUACUCAAGCUCCAAGCUACUUUCAUAUCAGACUAUGAGGCUUUGGAUUUAGAAGAUGAUUUUUUAAAUCCUCCUAAACCUGAUCCGAAAUACAUUUGUUAUAAUAAUAAUAAUCUUGAUUCAUGGAAAGAAAGAACCAAAUCUAAAAGAGGUUGUUUAUACACAAAAUACGAAAAUGAAAAUUCUUAUAUUCAAUACAUUCUUGAAAAAAAGGAUUUUGACCAUCAAGAUGGUUCUUUAUGGCAGAUUUAUAAUAAAUUAGAUGAUUUCAAUGAUGAUGAUGUUAAUGAAAAAAUUUCAAAUUUAGAAAAAAAAAUGGAUAUCAAUAAUGGGAAAAUGGAUAUCAUAAUGUCACAAUUACAACAAUUACAACAAUUACUCAAAAAACCUUGA